ACCAUCACCAUCACCGCACCGUCACCGUCACCGCACCGUCACCGUCACCGCACCGUCACCGUCACCGCACCGCCACCGCACCGCACCGUCACCGUCACUGUCGUUAGCCAUGGCGAGCUACCAGAACGGCUCGUCGGCCACAAACGGCUCCGAAAAGACCAACGGCUCCAAGCUGCCGGCCCGCAGCUCCAGCAGCCACGGCGAGAGGCUCGCGAGCCAGGCAAAGCCCAAGCCGGCGCCCCUCAAGCUGAAGCAGACCAAGGCCAACCGCGAGGGCGUCACCAACGCGUUCGAGCGAUAUGGCCAAGUCAUCCACGCCGCCGUCGAGCCGCUGCCCGUCCAAGGAGGUGCCGGUACCUUCAGCGAGAACAAGAAAUGGACCAAGCUCCGGACGGACCUCAAGAACCUCCGCGUGGCGGAUUACAAGACGCUCAAGACCAUGGUCCUGUCCAAGCUGCGGGGCGAGCAGUGGUCCGACGACAAGACCAUGAUCAUGGAGUCCGUCAUCCAGCUCGUCGCCAACCUGCCGAGCCACUCCAAGACCAGGGCCCAGCUGACCGACUCCUUCAUCACGCAGCUGUGGGACAGCCUGGAGCAUCCCCCGUCGCUGUUCGUCGGAGACAAGUACCAGUAUCGCCAGGCCGAUGGCUCAUACAACAAUGUCAUGUACCCCCAGCUCGGGGCCGCCGGCACCGCGUACGCGCGGUCCGUCAACACGAGCGUGCUCCGGCCCGGGGCAUUGCCGGACCCAGCCCUCAUCUACGACGCCGUCAUGAAGCGCGUCGAGUACAAGAAGCACCCCAACAACGUGUCGAGCGUGCUGUGGUACUGGGCCAGCAUCAUCAUCCACGAUCUGUUCUGGACCGACUACCGCGACAUGAACAAGUCUAAGACGUCGUCGUACCUGGACCUGUCGCCGCUGUACGGCAGCAACCAGGAGAUGCAAGACACGAUCCGCACGUUCGAGGCCGGCAAGCUCAAGCCCGACUGCUUCGCCGACAAGCGCCUGCUGGGCAUGCCGCCCGGCGUCGGCGUGCUGCUGAUCAUGUUCAACCGCUUCCACAACCACGUGGCCGAGAACCUGGCCGCCAUCAACGAGGACGGCAAGUUCACGCCGCCCGCGGCGUCGCUCGAGGGCGACCAGGCGGCCGCCGCGUGGAAGAAGCACGACAACGACCUCUUCCAGACGGCCCGCCUUGUCACCUCGGGCCUCUACAUCAACAUCACGCUCGUCGACUACGUGCGCAACAUUGUCAACCUGAACCGCGUUGACACAGACUGGACGCUGGAUCCGCGGCAGGCGUCGGGGAUCGACGUGGGCACCAAGAAGGGGUCCGCGCGCGGCACGGGCAACGUGGUCAGCGCCGAGUUCAACCUGUGCUACCGGUGGCACUCGUGCGUGUCGGAGAAGGACGACAAGUGGAUCGAGGAGUUUUACCACGACCUGUUCAAGAAGCCGGCGGCCGACGUCACCGUGCCCGAGCUGAUCAUGGGCUUCGCCAAGUUUGAGAAGAUGAUCCCCGAGGACCCGGCCGAGCGCCCGUUUGGCAAGUUCAAGAGGGGCGCCGACGGCAAGUUCAGCGACGACGACCUGGCCGAGUGCAUGGCCUCGGCCGUCGAGGACUGCGCGGGCUCCUUUGGCGCCCGCAACGUGCCGGCGUCCAUGCGCGCCAUCGAGAUCCUGGGCAUCAUCCAGGGCCGCAAGUGGAACGUGUCGGGCCUGAACGAGUUCCGGAAGCACUUCGGCCUCAAGCCGUACGAGACCUUUGAGGAUAUCAACUCGGACCCGGUGGUGUCGGGGUCGCUGCGCCGCCUCUACGACCACCCGGACUUCGUCGAGCUGUACCCGGGCCUGGUUGCCGAGGAGCACAAGCCGCCCAAGGUGCCCGGCGUGGGCAUCGCCCCGACCUACACCAUCUCGCGCGUGGUGCUGUCCGACGCCGUGUGCCUGGUGCGCGGCGAUCGACACUACACGACCGACUACGGGCCGCGCAACCUGACCAACUGGGGCUACAACGAGGCCCAGUACGACCUCAACAUCAACCACGGCUGCGUCUUCUACAAGCUCUUCAUCCGCGCGCUGCCCAGCCACUUCAAGAGCAACUCGGUCUACGCCCACUACCCCAUGGUGAUCCCGUCCGAGACGGAGAAGAUCCAGAAGGACCUCGAGCGCGCCGACCUCUUCGACUACUCGCGGCCCGCGCGCUCGACCCAGCUCACUGAGGUGGCCUCGUACAGCGGCGGCAAGUACGUCCUGGAGAGCCAGGACAAGUACCGGCCGACGUGGCACGAGAGCCUUGUGUCGCUGGUCGGCGGCGCCGCCAAGCUGUCGGGCGACUCGGCCCACCACGACAGCCAGCGCAGGGCGGUGCAGCAGCAGCUAUCGGCCAUCGACUGGCUGUCGCAGGUCAAGGCGCUGUACGCCCAGACGACAGAACGACUCCUCGUGGCCAGCAGCUACAACGUGGCCGGGCACCGGCUCAUCGACGUGGUGCGCGACGUCGGCAACAUCGCGCCCGUGCACUUCGCGUCGCGCGUGUUCGGGCUGCCGCUGCGCACGCCGGAGAACCCCAAGGGCAUCUACACAGAGCACGAACUGUACGCGGUGCUGGCGGUCGUCGUCGAGGCGCUGUUCUACAACAGCGACCCCGUCAAGGCGUUCCCCAUCAACCAGGCGGCCAAGACGGUCGCCGUGCAGCUGGCCACGGUCAUCGAGCGCACCGUCAAGAGCCCCAAGGCCAAGAAGACCGACGCCCUCGCUACCUACGGCGCCAGCCUCGUCAAGGGCCUGGCCAAGGCCGGCCUCAGCAAUGAGGACAUUGCCUGGAGCCAGAUCCUGCCCACGGCGGCUGCGCUCGUGCCGACGCAGGCCGAGCUGUUUGCCCUCGCGGUCGACUACUACCUGUCACCUGCGGGCGCGACGCAUUUGGCCGAGAUCCACGCGGUAGCGACGCAGCCGGCAUCAGACGCGACCGACGCGCUGCUGCUCGGGUUCGCGCUCGAGGGCGUGCGGCUGUCGGGCGUGGCGCGGUCGUCGUGCGUGUACGAGGCGGCGGCGGCCGACACGAUCGAGGACGACGGCAGCGAGAUCUCGGUGCACGCCAAGGACCGCGUCGCCGUGAGCUUUGUCGAAGCAGCACGCGACCCGGCACACUUCCCCGACCCCACGACCGUCAACCCGCGCCGGCCCGUCGACAAGCACCUGCACCACGCGGCGGGCCCGCACACGUUCCUGGGGCGCGACGCCAGCCACGCCGCGCUGACCGAGAUGUUCCGCGCCCUGUUCCGGCGCAAGAACGUGCGCCGCGCCCCCGGCCCCCAGGGCGAGCUGAAAAAGGUCCCCUCGCAGGCUGGCGGCGAUGGCGAGGUGUCGUACCUGCGCGACGAUUGGGGCGCGCUGACGCCGUUCCCCGUGACUAUGAAGGUUACCUGGGAUGAGGAGUAGAGGGAGUGUUGUGUUGCAUGAUGUGUGUCGUUGUUUGGUUUUGGUUUCGUGUCUCUUCUUUUUUUUCGUGUUUGAGAAGAAAAUGCUAGCAGAGAAGCGGAAAAUUGUAACGCGGGAGGAGCGCGUGCGCGUUGUUUGGUUUAUGCUGCGAUAAUCACUAUAUCCUUUGCUUUGGUCGCUCGUUGAUAGCUUCUAUUCGAAAAUUUCGUAUACUCGAGCCAGCCUGCGGCGGUCUUUUGUCGGCUUCUGGUGUUAAUUAUGAGUAAUGGGAAUUCAAUUUUCGGCAUCCCUAAAGGUCGUUGGUGACUUCGCUAUAGAACCUACGUAGGCGGUUGACAGACGUGCAAAAGUGUUG